AUGUGUUGUAUAUUAGGUACUACAUUGGAAAAAAGUAAUGAAGAGAUGGACUACGAGAUAUACAACAUAUCCUGGUACAAUUUGUCAGUGCCCCAACAAAAAGUUGUGAGGCUCAUGUUGAUGCAAUCGCAGCAGCCAAAUCAGAUAAUGUUAGCCGGCGUCUUGCCAUUAUCGGUUGCUACGUCAUUGCAAGUUUUAGCGACAUUCACAAACACUGGAAUAAUGAAGAGCACCGAACGUUUGCCGUCCGAAUAUUUGGCGAAAUUGAUAAGAACUCAACGGAUCUGCGCCACUUUCGUAGGUGCCGACUUUGCCGAUCCUAAUUACAGAUUUAAUUGGGUAACUGCAAUAAUAGUGGUGACUAUAUUCAGCUAUUUCUUCUUAAAUAUAUUAACAGUCAUAAAACUGAACAGUUGGUUGUUUCUAUUGGAAGCCUUCUGCAUGAGCGGCAGUGCAAUAACUGGUGGCUCGAAGCUUAUUAUUGGAUUGGUUUAUAGAAAACAGUUAGCAAAAAUGAAUAAGUUAAUCGAGAACAUCUUUAAGGAAUACGAAAAGAAAGGCGAAAAAUAUUCUGCAGCAUUGCAUGAGAGUUGCGAACAAAUCCGUAAAUUUUUCAUUAUUGUCGGUUUGAGUUUCGUACUGCCGUGUGGUAUAAUAGUUGUGGUACCUUUUAUUUUACAAUCGAUACAUGGUAGGCGUUUUCUAAUAAUGCAUUUUCAUAUACCUGGCAUUGAUGUUGAAACCGAUUUUGGUUACUAUCUCACAAACUUUUCACACUGCGUAUGCAUGUAUGUCGGCGCUUUUGGAUUAUAUGCCGGAGAUAUGAUUAUGAUACUUUUUUUGUCACAACCAUUUCUUUAUGUUGAUAUAUUAAAACUUAAAAUAUGUGAAUUUAAUGAAAAAGUGGGUGAUGUCAAAGUAAUGAGUUCUAUGAGUUCCAAUUUGUCUCUUAAUGAUAUAGUGCUUUGGAACCAAUUUUACGCCAACUAUACGAAAUCGUGUAAUACAAUUUUUCAGAGUGCAGUGACAAUUCAAGUGUUUACCUCAGCUUUAUCUAUACUUUUAACUCUUUUCAUUGUGUUCACAUCGAGUUGGCAUGGCGCUUAUCCUUAUCUGCUAAUUACUGUUACACACUUAAAUAUUUAUUGCUUUAUGGGUACCAAAAUUGAAAUUGCGAACGAAAACUUUACAGCUGAGAUAUACAACAUCUUAUGGUACAAAUUAACUACAACUCAACAGAAGAUAGUACUUCUUAUGCUAAUGCAAUCACAAAACCCAAAUACAAUUCUUGUGGCCGGAGUGAUGCCAUUGUCGGUGAGCACUGGACUGCAGAUAACAAAGGCCGUUUAUAGCUUUCUAAUGGUGAUGUUACAAUCAAUGAAUAAAAAAUGAAUUCAUCCAAAUU